UUGUUCCUUACAAGUCAGUACCUCCCGAUACGUUGUCAGCUGUGCAUCGCCCGCGCGCUCCCGACGUAUAUACCAUAUAUAUUAUACAUAUACAAUAUAACAUCACGUAUAUAGAUAGCGCAUUUAUACAUCUAUAUAUUUGCAUUCGUCUACACACAGACACAAUACACGCUCGCAUCUGCACACAAGUACACACAAAUUAAUGCGUACAUAUGCCAGUGCACUCUCUGUAUCGCAGGUGUGUAUUUAAAGUGUGUGCGCCGUUGUGUUUUUUUUUCGGAGUUUUGACUGUGCAUACAUGUGAUUCGCAGCAGUAGCCCUCCUGUUUACCAACAUACAGACUGCUCUGUCGUCUGACAGCGCUUUCUUUUUCUCGCUCGCUCUCUUUUAAUCCCUCGUUCUCCGUAAUAAUUAUAAUAAUCAGAUACAUUCGACUCGCGAAUUUCGGCAAGAGUAGCAGCAGCACAGCAGCGGCUUUAGAGUGGCUGUUGUUGUUGUUUGUGCUCCUCUCUCUCUCCGCUGUGCAGCGCGUAUGUUUAUACGUGUGAGUCUCCGAUUUAUGCAUCAUCGCAACAGCGAGACCCGAUCGCGUCAUAUACCAUGUCCGAUUAUUCUAGCUUGAAAUUUGACGUUGCUCGAUCGGUCCAGAGGAGACGCCUAUUGAAUAUUAAGUCGACUAAGAAAACCCGCCGACUGGGACUCUGAGUGCAAUAUAAUCGUGCAAUAUUAAAGUAGAGAGAAGAGAAAAGCUCGAGUGUGUUGAAUAAAAAAAAAGACUGUGCUUGCAGUGCUGAUAUUCGUGCAAGCCGGAACUGUGGAAAUUUAAAUUAGAAACGAAAAAGUGCAAUAUUUGAUUAGAAUUACGUAAAUCAAGUGCAAUAAAUAAGUGUGUUAUAAUAACUCGUGUGAAUUGUGCAGUGUGUGCUCGUUUGCAAUCAUUGCAAAGAGAUAAAAAUUAAAAAGGGAAAAGAACCAAACGCACACUGGCGUCGUCACAAGUGAGUAGUAGCAGCAGCGCGACGGCCAGCAGCAGCAGUGCAGGACAGCAACAAGCUGCGGCCGCUGGUGCAGUCGUUGUUAAUGCUGCGAGUGGUGCUGGUACCGGUACGGUGCCGGUCAUAGUGCGGCGACGUCGACGUCGUUGCAUCAACAACAACAACAACAACAAUAACAACAACAACAAUAACAACGAGAACAACAAAUUGAUGCAGCUUCAGCAGCAGCAGCACAUCAUGUCGACCGGCAAGAGAUUGGCCAAGCGCAGCAUAAUCGGCACGAGGGUCUGCGCGCCGGGCCGCGACGGCAAGUAUUACUCGGGCGCGAUCAGCGCCGUCAAUACGCCGAAUUACAACAGCGACGCGGCCGGUGGCCUGUCGAUCACCUCGUCGACGCGCUACUCGGUGCGCUUCGACCCGGUGGUGGGCGCCCCGGACUCCAAGUGCGAGUACUUCGAUCGCGACCUCAUCGGGCCGGGCUUCGGCAGCGUGAUCGACGCCAAGCUCGUGCCCGGCCAGAAGGUCUUUCUCACCUAUAACGGCAGAGAGAUACAGGCCGAGGUCACCCAGCACCGACAGCAGCACGACGAGGUCGACGUCAAAAUCACCGUGGCCCCGGCCAGCAACGGCCAAGAGGGCAUGAUGCAUCUGACGAAGCGCAUCGAGGAAGUCCGACUGCUGGAGUCGCGCAAGAGCGCCAGAUUAGCCGACUCGGACACGGACUUUGCCAGGCUGGCCGACGUGGGAAGCGACCGCAAGCGGGCCUCCUCCCAUUCCAUCGACGUGUCAACUUUCAUAGGAUCACGAAAACGAAGGCCAAGUUCGAGCAACGAUUCCGAGCGCUCGUACAAUGCCUGGAACGACUCGGCCAACAACAACAACAACAAUAGCAGCCACAACCACAAUCAUCAUCAGCAGCAGCACCACAACAACAAUAAUCGACAGACGAGCGUCGUAACGUCGACGCAGGCACAGUCGCCGGUCGCCGUGGCACCGGUACAGGCCACGCAGACUUCGACCGGAGGUGGUAGCUCGGCAACGACGACGGGCGCGAUGAACCUGUCGAUGACGGCCAGCAGCGGCGGUUCCGAGCCGCAGGAGACCGUCUACAUGGACGAGUGCUCGGCGGCUAUGGUCCUCAUGUCGCUGUCUACCCCGCCCAAGAAUCCCCUGCCCAUACACUGCCAACAAUCUUACGGAUCCUGGGACGACGGCAUGAGCAACCGUGUGACCAUCGGCUCGCCCGGCACCAACAGCAGCCAGAGCAGCAGCAGCGCGUCCUGGCGCAGCGCCACCCCGAGCCCGCCCCUCAGCGACGAUCCGAUCAGCCACUCGGCCGCCUGGGCGGCCGCCCAUCCGAACAAUCAUCACAAUAAUCACCAUCAGCUGCAGCACCAACAGCAGCACCAUCACCACAACAACCAUCACAGCCAGACGCAUCAGUCGCCUGGCCAGGUGCCGGUCGUCGACCAGAGGCGCUUCUAUCACAGACAGCACCAUCCGUACGCGGUGGUGCACCGCAGCAGCAGCCAUCGCAGACACCGGGGCGGCGGCCUGUCCUCCUCCUCCAGCAGUCCCAACAACAGCCCCUACGACGAGGGCAUCGUGCCGGACCUCGAUCAGGAGCGACCGCGCAAAAAGAGGAUUCGAUCAAUUGAAAACGACGAGGACUACAUGAGCGCCAACAACACUGGCUCUAGCUCCGACAACGAUGUCAAAAACGGAAUAGUCUACAAAUGCACAUGGCGCGACGACAAUUCGCGACAGAACUCGCGCUCGUGCGGCCACGUAGCCGACACCUGGGACCAGGUGGCCGACCACGUGUUCCGCCAGCAUCUGCAGCGCAGCCGCUCGUCGUCCUUCGAGGACGAGGAGGACGAGGUGGAUUUCUACAUCGACGAGAUGGUCAAGCCGGCCUGCUCGCCGCCGACCAAAUCGCACUGGGACAUGGUGAGGCCGAGGACCGAGGACCCCGAGUACCAGAAGCAGCUGCGCCUGACAGCGGCCGCCAACGCCGCCAACGCCGCCUCCGUGGCCCAUCUGCAUCACAACUACAACAACAAUUACCAUCAGCAUCAUCAUCAUCAGCAGCAACAACAGCAGCAUCACCAGCAGCAGCAACACCACCAUCAGCAGCAACAGCAUCAGCACAAUCAGUUCAAUCACCAGCAGCAUCAGCAACAGCAGCACCAGGUCCAUCACACGAGCAACAAUCAAGUUGCCACCGUAGCUGCCGUCAAUUCUCAAAAUAUCGACAUCAUGCGCGACGUUUACACAGUGCCAAGCCAAGCAAACGGCGCAGCGGUGGGCAAGCAGUUCAAGGUGAGCCCCGCGACAGCGGGCACGGGAGGAGCGCAGGUGGCGACUUCGAGCCCGAACGCCCAAGCAGCGGUGGCGGCCACCCCGCGUCCACUGCAGGCACACAACAGCUCUGCGAACAUCAGCUUGGUGACGGUGUCGCUGGGCAAGAUGCCGCACUCGCCCCGUCGCGUCCGCGGCGAGACGAAGAAGUGCCGCAAGGUCUACGGCAUGGAGCACAAGGAUCUCUGGUGCACGCAGUGCAAGUGGAAGAAGGCCUGCACGCGCUUCAACGACUAGGUCAGGCCAAGCGGGCUCGUGAGCCGCGCGGGUCCGUCCUCGGCCAGGUUGAUGCAACACAAUAAUAAUCACAAUAAUCAGCAUCGGGACAAUGCGAGCGGCGGCGGUGCUGCUGCCGCAACCCAGCAAAGAUCGACUGCGCAGCAACAGCAGCAGCAGCUCGUCAUCACGGCGGCCAACUGCCACCGUGCCGAUAACGAUUAUACCUCUCAACGGCAAUGCACAAAUCUUAGCUAUUAAAUUGCAUGAUGAUCGCAAUCGUUGCGUCGUAUCGAACAUGCAUGAACGUAUAGUAAAAAGGCAAAACAAAGAGGCAUAAAUGCAGCAGCAGCGAUGAGAUACAUCGAGUGCCUCUGGCUUGCGCGCUAUAUGGUGCUCGAUCUGCUCCUCGAUCGACCUGUCAAGUCUCGACUUCUCUCUCUUUCUCUACUUUUUAAUUUUUUUAGUUUAAAUAUGAUUUUUACAUGGAUAUUAUUACACUUAAUUAUUACGUUGUUAAUUUUUUUAGAACAAACAUAAUGCAUAGAUUCGCGCAUAUUUUACGCAUAUAACAGAGUCGUACAUGCCAUCUAGUGUGCGCGUGUGCGCACUCGCAGCCGUUUUUAUCUAUAUCUAUAUACUCUUAACAAUAAAUGUGUACGGCAUAUUUUGUGCGUACUCUUUUUCUCUCUCUCGUACACUUGCGUACGUAUGUUCGUGUGCACUCAUCGUGUCACGAUACGUAUCUCUCUCGUACCAUACAUUUAUUCUGAAUUGUAGACAAAACGUGCGACGACAACAAUGCAAACUACGCACGAGGGAGAGAAAGGAGAAAGGAGAAAGGAGGAAGAGCCAAAGAGAAAGAGAGAGAAAAACAGGAAGAAAUCGGCGUACAAGGCGAGCACGGGGAAUUUGCGAUUUCGACGAUCGGCUAACGGCGAUUAACGUCCUCGUCGACGGCUAAUUAUAGAGAAUAGAUAAUUCUAUAUAGAUCGCAUUCAAUUAGCGAAUCGAGAAAGGAGGACAAAGUAUAAGAAAAAAAAAUGAAAAUAAACGCGCGUACGUGUCUGACGGAGACCUCUCGUAAAUGUGUAAGGAACAAACAUACCUACGUAUAUAGCAAAUUAUUGUCUUUAAAAUAGUUGUGUAAGAUAUUAGCAAAGACUCGCACACAUGCAUACACACAGACACACAUAAACAUACGCAGACAUAUAUAAUACAGAGACUCGAACUAAGGAUGACAUAAAUAAAGCCACCCACACAUACAUGCUCUGUACUUCUUUAACGAAAUAUCUCUCACUGCUAAUGCAAAAAUGCGGGUGUAUAUAAUAAAUAUAAUAAAUAAACUGACCAUGAACUCGCGCACACAUACAUACACACAUUAUAAUUAUACAUACACAAAAUGUGCACAGAGAUAAUAUGCAAAAAUGUUACCGAUCUCAUGACAGAUCGACGUUUAGCUGGCGGAUGUACGUGUACAUAAGAUUAAUUAGAUGAAUUAUCAUGAUUAUAUGCAUACACGCAUAAUCGAGAAUGCGCAUAGUAAAUAUAUGACGCGUCCGAAGCAAUGAAUUAUAUAUAUACAAAAAUGAUAUGUUAUAUUAGGAAAAUAUAUGAAAGGGUUGGUGCUUAUCUAACCUUUUCCUUUUGCUCUGUCCGCGUCGCGCGUAAAAUACUAUUGACAAAUUUCACCAAGAUUAUAUAUAUACAUAAACAAAUUGGAUAUUAUGAUAAUAUACAUAUAUAUGAAUUAUAAUAAUAUUAAAUCUAUAUAAAUGAAUUCAAGAAGAUGGAAUAUAUAUGCAAAUAUCGUAGUUAGAGCAAAGUUUACGAAAAAAAAACAUUAAAGUAUAUAUACCAAUAACAAGAUUAUGUAUAUGUAUACAGGUGAUCGUCAGCCAGUCCGAAAGCUCGAUAAUUAAGUAAUAAAAAUAUUAGAGAAUCAUUUUACGAGCCCUCGGCUGGCUGACGAGGCAUCGCGUCGUUUAUAAACAAAACUCCACACAAGGUUCCUCACGCGAAUCUUGUGUCUAGAUUAAUUAAGUUAAAUAAAUAUAUUAUAUAAAUUAAAGAUGAAUAUAUGAGAGAAAAUGAAAAAGUGACGUAUAUAUAUACAUAUAUAUAUAUGAAAAAUAUAAAGCAAUUAUGUGAUAUUAAAUUGUAAUUUAAAUCGGAGAGACUCCCUUAAAAAACGACACUCCAAAUUUCCAUCUGCCAACUGACUUUACUGCUGGCGAGGGAAUGGGUGUACGAGAGGGAUACCGCGUCAUUAUUAUUCGAUACAACAAAAAUUGCAAUAACCGAUACAAAAAUACGAUUUGUAAAUGUAUUAAGAAAAAAGCGAAGGAAUCGAACUCGUUAGAAAAAAGUAAAACAAAAUGGACAGUAUAGAGUACAUAAUAUAUCAGGCAACGAGACGAGCUUAAAGAAAAAACUAAUAACGAAGACGAUCAUUGAUUUUAAUUGUACAGAAAGACAAAUUGUGAAAGGAUUCCAAGAUCGAUAAAUAACACCAAACAAACGCAUAACUGCCAGAUACAGCGUGAAAAGUUGAUUAUUGUUGCGAGAGUAUAAUAUGCAAAGAAAAAGGAAGAUAAAAAGUCGGUCGUUGUUUAUUAUCGAUUAUAAUAAUUAAUACGUUGUAUACUGUAUAUUAUAUAUAUAUUGUUCAUAUUUUAUUUGAGGUUUCCUGAGAACCGCGCGUCACUCUCAGUUUUAAUAAUUUUUCCCUUAGUAUAUAUAUAUGAUACUUAUAAUAAAUAAGUAUAAAUAUAUAUAUAUGCUAGUUAUUAUUAGAAGAAAGAAUAAAGCAUACGUAAAAUAUAUAUGAAUCUAUACUGCAAACAUAAACCUGUAUUUGUAAACUUGAAUGAAUGUGAUGAUUAAACUAAUAGCAUAAAUGAUAAUCAUAAAAUCGCGAGAAUACGAAAAAGUUACAUUAAAAUAAUGUUUCAUAAAAUCUAAUUUUAGAAAGAUAUUAUAUACAUAAUAAAUAAAUAAAUAUAUA